UCUCUCUCUCUCUCUCAGAGACAGUACUUGAAGAAGAUGGGCAGAAGCAGCAUGGCGAUGGCUCUGGCUUUGGUCGUGUUGGCCUCUAUCGAGUGCGAAGCGGUGACUUACUACGUUGUCGGAGACGGCAGAGGAUGGACUGCUCCGCCCAACAUCACCGCUGGUUUCUACGCCGACUGGGCUGCCAAUAAAUCCUUCAGCGGCAGCGACCUUUUGCAUUUCGACUAUAACGGGACGCAUAGUUUCGCUGCUGUAUCGAAAGAAGACUACGACAAUUGUGCCAAGGUUUCUCCCAUUGCUAAAGAAGACCAAGUAAAGAAGUUGCAAUUGUGA